AUGGACCUGUUUUCGUUUGACCACGACGACCACCCCAACCUCCGGGAGCGCACCUUCUCUGUCGACUCUGUUCAGGGUGCGGAGCCUCAACAGGAGGUCCUGGCACAAGUGCAGAAGCAGCAACAGAAGCAGCAGCACCCCCACGGCCUUGCCAAUGGCACUGACAAGAGGGCAAACCACAUCUUUGCUCCUCGCCCCAUCACUGCGACUGCGAAUGCGACAGUACCCCUCCUUGCCCCUACCUCGACCAAGGCAGCGGCAACAACAGGAUUGUCGCCUCCCUUGGCAGGAUUUUAUCAGGCCAAUAGCAACUCGUCCAACAAGCACCUGCCUGCCUUCUUCCACCAAAUCGAUCGCGAUCAGUCUGCAACUCCCGAAACGACCUUUCGCAAGAGUCAGGCAAACAAGGCCACCAUCCCUGCGCCUGCCUUGACCAAAGACACUGCUGCUCCCUCCGCCUCCACUAACAAUAGCGACAGCGAGUCAGAGAAGCCUCACAAUGUCGAGUACGAGGUCAAGAUUGACCAGGACUUUGACGCCCAUGCAUCCCAGAAUGCUGACAGUCGAGGCCAGUCCCCUCACAUGGGUCAGUCAGCCUCUGGUUCCGCCUCUGUGGGAAAGGGUGCCACUCCUCUCCAAUCUGUGGUCUCCCCUCGUCGCCCCAAGCACAAGAUGACGCCAGAUGAUUUCAAGUUUCUCAAAGUCAUUGGCCGAGGAUCGUAUGGCAAGGUCUACUUGGUCCGUCACAUCGCCACCAAUGCUCUGUAUGCGAUGAAGGUCCUCAAGAAGGCUUCGAUCAUUGUCCACGCCAAGGACACCGAGUGCACCAUGUCUGAGCGCAAGAUUCUUGAAGCCAUUCGCCACCCAUUCAUUGUCAAGCUGCACUACGCCUUCCAGACUGACCAUCGCCUGUACUUGAUCUUGGAGUAUGCAAGCGGAGGAGAGCUCUUUACUCACCUUGCCUCAGAGCGAAUGUUCUCUGAGGAAAAUACCGCAUUCUAUGCGGCUCAAUUGGUCCUCGCUCUGGAGCAUCUCCACUCCCUGGGUAUCAUCUACCGAGACCUCAAACCGGAGAACAUCAUGCUGAACGCUCACGGCGACGUUGUCUUGACGGACUUUGGUCUGUCCAAGGUCCCUCUGGAGAACUCGGAUGGACGCACGGGCACCGUCUGUGGAACCAUUGAGUAUAUGGCUCCUGAAGUGAUCUCCGAGCGUGUGCAGUAUGACCGUACUGUCGAUUGGUGGUCCCUGGGAAUCGUCAUCCAUGAUAUGUUGACCGGCUCGCCUCCAUUUGUCGCCAACAACCGCAAGAAAACCAUGGAUGCCAUCAUGAACAAGAAGUUGAACCUGCCCUACUACAUGUCGUCGGAUGCCAAGGAUCUUUUGACCAAGUUCCUCAAGCGGACUCCUUCGGCCCGCCUUGGUUUCGGACCCAAGGGAAUUGAGAACAUCAAGAAACAUCGCUUCUUCCGCAAGAUCAACUGGAAGCUGUUGGCGCUCCGUGAGCUCGAGCCACCCAUUGUCCCCUUCCUGUCGGACCCCGAGAGUGUCGAGAACUUCAAUACCGAGUUCACAGGAUUGCCUGUCCAGGAAUCGCCCAUCUUCUCCCUUGGAAUGGUUCAUAUCAACGGAGCAGGAGCUGCUCACUACAACGGUGACGGAAACGGCAGUGGCACUGCUACCCCUGGAUCAGGACACCAUACACCCGCUCGUUACCUGGCCUCUGCGAACGGCGGGUCUGCGUCGGUCGUCGGAAUUGCUACCGCCAUGAAUGGCUUGUCGGUCCAUGACAAGGAUGACCACCACCCUGCAGGAAUCCCAAUGGCCAAGACUCGAUCCAACUCGCCUGACCACCACCACUUCCAAGAUUUCAGCUAUGUCGCGACAUCGCACCUUCCGUCCCUGGGAUACCUGGACGCUGUAGGAGAGCAUUGA